AUGUUUUCUGAACUGGCGUUAUACCAACCCCAUGUCAGGCGUGGAAGCACUCGUGUUUGCUGCUUUGCGGUAGCUUGCGCAGAGCCGUCUGCUUCGAAACCACAGACAGGGAAGAAGAAGCUCGCUGAUGCGAACGUGAGAAACGUCCGCCGUGCGCGGCACCCUGCGCAGUCAGGUGUAACUCCCGAGGCCGCGCGGCCACGGAAGCGUUCGAAUGCGAGACCGACCGAAAGGACCAACCGCAAGGCGAAGUAUGAAGACGCUGAGACUAUCCCCGACCUGGUCGCACGUCGAAACUCGCAGUCGAAACAGCUGUCACCGGCGACGCUGGACAUGUUUUUUCGUCACGGUAGCAUCGUAGAGCCGGGGCCGGACCCGUCGCCUUCGGACGAGCCGGAUUGGUCGGCCUGCGAGCUCAACGGCCAAAAGUGUCGCAUUAAUGAAAUCGAUACGGUUGUCAAGAAGGCGCCCGAGCGAGUGCUACGGUGUCUUGUGGCGUAUGAGAAUAGCCCGCUGGUGCCGAGCGGUGAAAUAGAAGAGCAGCUCCGGCUUGCCAUGCAGAACUUGUUCAGUCGCAAGCUGGACUCGUCAACACCGAAAACGAAACAAACUUUAGAGGAGCUCGAGGAGAAAACUUGUUGUCCCACAUGUAAUGGCUCCGGCUGGGAGACCUGUGAAUACUGCGGCGGCCGCGGCAUCAUACACGAGAGCGAGUACCAGCAGAACUUUAAGAGCAAUCGCAUCAUGGUCUACUUGCCCAUACGCUUGACGUACGGGAACUUGCUCCGAUGUCCGCUCUGCGGGGGACUGCGCAAAGAGCGAUGCAGUCAGUGCUUUGGUUACGGGGAUCUACACGUCGCGCAGUCGGUGCUGGAGGAGCUCAAUCGCGAGCAGCAGAUUGAUCCAAAUGAUGCACCACCUGAGCUCGGAAACAUGAUGGAAAAUGAGGCACGCGAUCAGUCGAUUGCCAGGUUUCGCGAACUCGAGCGAAAAACGAUCCUUACGGAGCAGAGCAAUACAGAUUUUCAUGAAUUCCGAUAA